UAAUGACCACUCAGCUCAUUAUUUUUUUGAUUGGUCAAAGUGGGUGAUGGGGAGAAAUUCCCACUCAGCUCCAUGUUAACUACUCCAAUUGCUCUUGUGUGAUUGUGGUCAUUACUAGUGAUGCUUAUCAUGCCAUUUUUUCCUUUGCAGAUCUUUCAAGGAAGAUCAUGCGAGGUAUAGCCUUGGCACUAGGUGCGCCGUCGGAUGCUUUCCAAGGCGGAACGGCGGGAGAUCCCUUCUGGUAUCUCAGGCUGAUUGGGUAUCCAGCCCCAGCUAGUAUUCCACAGGAGCAACGCACUGAUACUGGAUGUGGAGCUCACACGGAUUACGGCCUUUUGACACUGGUUAACCAAGAUGAUGACAUUUGUGCUCUUGAGGUCAGAAACCUGUCUGGCGAGUGGAUACAGGCGAAGCCAGUCCCUGGGACCUUUGUGUGCAACAUUGGUGACAUGCUAGAGGUUUGGUCUAAUGGAAUAUAUCAGCCCACACUCCAUAGAGUUUUCAACGACUCCCUUCAUUACCGUGUAUCUGUUGCCUUCUUUUACGAGCUAUCUAUUCAUCAACAAAAGGAAAAUAAUUUUUUGUUAGGUUAG